AUUGAUUUUAUAGACUUUGGGCAUAAAAAAAACGAAAAUAACUAAUUAAGAGGGAAGAUUCUUUGUUACAAUGGAUGAUAUCACGUAAUAAUUAUCUAAUUGAUAAAGGCAUCUCUCUCUCAUCAUCUCAACAUUCCAAGGCGAGAGUUUGAUUGAUACACAAAACAGUUAACAUUAUUUUGUGUGCAAUAUUAAUAUCAUGGCACAAUUACCUCCAAAAGUUCCAAGCAUGACACCCAAUUGGCCUGACUCUUCACACAAGAAGAUGCCGCCUUUAAUGGGCGGCUGUUUUGCCCCCAGUGGAAAUGCCAUUGCCGCCACCACGUCCCAAAACCCUAGUUGGGUUGAUGAAUUCCUCGACUUCUCUUCGGCGCGACGGGGAUCGCACCGGAGAUCCAUCAGCGACUCUAUCACCUUCCUGGAGGCACCAAUGCAGGAAGAAUGCCGCGUCUUCGCGGCACCUCCAGGCUCAGGCUCGCACUCCCACUCCCACGCUAACAACAAUCAUCACGAGUUUGAUAGGUUCGACGACGAACAAUUCAUGUCCAUGUUCACCGCCGAUGAAAUGUCCGCCGCCGCCGCCGCGGCGGUGGGACCUACAGGGUCGUCGUCGAACCCGUCCACGCCUUCGGAUCAUAACAGCAUCAGCGACGAUGAGAAAGAAGCGCAGGGGAAGCAGCAGCAGAUCAAUAGGCAGCUAAAGAAUGAAUCAGAAGAGGUGGAAAGCCAAUGCGAAUUACAAACCACAUCCAAUGAUAGGAAAAUUGAUCCCAAAAGGGUCAAGAGAAUUUUGGCGAACAGACAAUCUGCACAAAGAUCACGGGUGAGGAAGCUACAAUACAUAUCAGAACUCGAACGCAGUGUUACCUCUCUGCAAGUUGAAGUUUCAGUGUUGUCACCACGGGUUGCAUUUCUCGAUCAUCAACGCUUGCUUCUAAAUGUCGACAACAGUGCUCUCAAACAAAGAAUUGCAGCAUUGGCGCAGGAUAAGAUCUUCAAAGACGCUCAUCAAGAAGCAUUGAAGAGGGAAAUAGAGAGACUAAGGCAAGUGUAUCACCAACAAAACGUCAAGAUGGAGAAGGUUGCACAAUCACCAACCUCGCUCACGCCCCGCUCAGACGCCAUAUCUACUCCUCCUCCUGAUCAAACGGAACAUCUUCUCAAUGUGUCCUCAUCCUGAUCAUCAUCAUUACCUCUACACUUCGAAAAGGAUUUACAUAUAAGGAAUUCACAGCCAUGGUCAUGUUCCGGCCCAAAUUAACUAUGUUAAAAGAGUAAGAGAGCAACUUUCGUGGAAUAUAUUCACUAUCAUUUAGCAUCUCUAUCUAAUAAUACAAUGUCACAUGUAAGUUUCUUUGAUAUUUCAUUAUUGAACUGCGACACCACAUUGCAGAAAAUCCGUUCUAUACGAGUCAGCUCUCGUAUUUUCUGAGUAUGGUUAUUCCAAUCCAACUGCUGCAUGCAAACACUAUAAGACAGACUCCAGCCACUACUACUAGUACUAGCCACUAGCUAGCGAGGAGGAAAGAAGUCACAUUGUUGGGUGACUUGAUCUGCUGCUGCUGCUUACCUGUAGAAUCACGUGAUGUGUUUAGCUUUAAAGAAUGGGACCACUCAGAUAAUGUAUGAUUGGUUUGGAGGGAAGAACAUGUGCAUCUCUUGUUUCUUUACAAACUCAACAAAAAAAGAAGGAUUAGGGUCGUCUUUGCUUGAUAGGUGGUUUGGAGUGUGUAGUGUGAUGCGAUCAUUCUUUAAUGUUUUAUAUGAUUUUUUUUUUUUCUCAUUAGUUUUUCUUUUCUUUUGGAUUAUCUAGUGGGAGAAGGCAAAGUAUAGUGGGGAUGUGUUGAGAUGAGUAAAAGUAAAGGUUGUCAAGGAGGUGCUUUAAUGUCGCAUUUGUUGUACAUUUUAGUGUAUUUGCUUGUUUGUAACACCUUCAUUCUCUGCAGUAAUUCAUCGAAAUAUUUCGUUUUGGAUGAAACUUGCAUCCCGGACA